AUGGCAGGCAAACGCAAGACCAUAGUACCUGAUCUUGAUGACCUCCGUCGCUCUAAGCGAAGUAACAUGGGUCAAGGUGGACGCCUCACCCAACUUCAAAAGCUCGAGUCCUCACAGAUGAAUAGACAACGUCCAGUGAAGAAAAACCCCGCUCAGGAGAUGAUAGACAGCCAACCAGUAAAUGUCAUGGCGCCGGAGGCACCUAUACGCAAACCAAGGGCAAGACCAAUCAAGGCGACUAAGACAUCAAGCAAUGAGAAGACUGAACGACAUCUUUCAAGCUCCAACUUACCACAGCGUGUUGCUGAGGACAAGCCCACUUCGCAUCCUCGUAGUCCCGACUCAAGGUUUGGCUUUGUCCCACCUCCACCUGCGACCUCCGAACGCCAUUUCAUCCGUGCUCUCUCUAGGUUCAACAGUACACCAUCAGGAUCCUCCCAGCCUAACACGCCCAAACGCACCCUCACUGGCGCCCAUUCGCGGAAACACGACAAUCUGCGUCAUCAUUCCAAGUCAGAUACUAGCCGUGCCCUACCAGCAUCCAAACCUGUCCCUCUUGAACACACCCCCGCUGGUGCUCAUUCACAGAAACGCAACGAUCCACGUCCUCACUGUAAUGCUAGUCGUAAACCACCGGUGUCCAAACACAUCCCUCGACACACCGUCACCAGUGACAGCAAUCCGCCCACUGACCUGGAAUCCGAUUACACUCGUCCAUCACGGAUGAAUAUUUCAGAUGCCGAGGCUCCUCUACAUGGCGAUGAGGGCUACGACUCGGGACGAGAUCACGAUGUGGAUGCUAACAAUUCUGAUCUGGACAACUCGGAUGCUAGAACUAAUGACGUGCAGGUGGACCAUGGCAAUGAUGGUGAUAGUGGGGAGGCGGACCAGGAUGUUGAUGUUGAUAAUCUGGGUGUAGACCAGGAUGAUGGUGACAGUUUUGUUGACGACCCCCACCAGGAUCAUGACACCUCGAAAGAUAGCAACGAUGAUGAAUUCACUCGUGCACGCUCACGAGUCGCCGACAGCUCACACAAUGCCCGAGAUGUCCUCCAAGACCAUCGCGCAAAGAACUGUCGCCCUCGCAUGCCUGACCUGGAUGAGCUCGAGACUUUGCGUCGUCGCGCUACUACUCAAGAUUCAGCUCAAUCUUCUUCUGAAGAGGAGGUUGUAGUACCACGCAAGAGAACGCGGAUGAUCAAAGCAACUGCGCAGAACAUUCGCUUCUAUCCUCCUUCUUGGAAGGAUUUACUAGAGGCCGCAAAGAAGAAAUCACGCCUAGGCUUGCUCACUAGCACAGCGUCAAAGCGCAGUGAUUUUCUCAAAACCAAGGGUAUUGAAUAUCUCUUAGAAACACUCGAAGACUUUGGAUCCCAGGGUGUUGGUGUUGACGACGGAUACUGGGAUGAAUAUAAAUCUGAUAUGGCAGUCCUGCUAUGGGACGAUCGCGCUACUAUGCGUUCCGAAAUGAAAAAGGCUGCGCGUCCGAUUAACGACUAUGAGCGGGAGGUGCGUGACAACGUCAAAACAUUGUUGCAGAAUGGUGCUUUCCUACGGGAUGGAGGCAGGACCAAUAAUCUUGCAAACGAGGCCCUGGGCAGCUUUUGUAUGUCCUAUUUUUACAAGGGUGAGAACGCGCUCGCGAAGUCAUUUCCAGACUUGUUCGCCGAUGCUGUCCCCGAAGGUGCCGUUGCACUUGCAGCGACUGCGCUUGCUGCCGCUAUCGACGAGUACAAGACCGGUACUUACAAGCAAAUGAAAUUCGUCGCCGAUUUAUAUCAACCCAUCUACGACAGCGUCAUUCAGCUCUACCAUGAUGUGCAGAAGGACCACUAUCAUGCAAAGAAAUGCCGGGCCGCCAGAAAGAAAUGGGCUCGUACUGCAGGAAUCCUGACUCGCGAUGAUCCAAACAGGCGCCAUGACUGGGGCUUGAAACUCCAACUGGACUGA